GAAUGGUAUUGUAAAAACAUUGAAUCUGUCUCCGGAACAUGGGCGGGUCGUCGUCUGAGCGUGACUGAGUGACGCAAAGGUGUAUAGACGAUCUUUGCGGCGGCAGCUCGGUUCAUAUCCAUGGUUCAGAUCAGACAGUCGGAGGAGAGUCGUCUCGAGGAGUCUUGAAGUAGCCAUGGCGUCGGGCCUGCUUAGUGUUGUUGUGUUUGCUUUAUGUGCGGUCCUGGCCCCUUGUGUAUCUGCAGGAGACCGCGACUGUCUGGCCUUCAAUAAUAACCCAUACCAAAGAUGCGAAAAAAACAGUUUUUGCUGCGGUAGCUGUCUCAUGAGAUACUGCUGUCAAGAUAAUUCCUAUCGUUUUUCUGAGGAUCAACAAGAAGACUGUGCCUAUACCCCAGGCAGUUAUAUGUCAGGAUUGCCCAUGGCCAUUGGUGUUGCUGGCUCCAUCGUUAGUUUAAUCAUCUUCAUCAGCUGCUGUGUUUGUCCCUGCUGCUGCCUGUACAAGAUGUGCCGCAGGCGAAGACCUGUGAUGACUACCACUACCCACACAACAGUGGUCACCACCGCUCCCCAGCAGUACCCCCAGCAGCCUACUGCAACACCUGGGCAGCCUCAGUCCUACCAGGGGGGCCAGUAUCAACCCUACCAAUCCACACCAGUGCAGCCGGGUUAUGGAGCCCAGCCCAUGCCCCAGGGCUACGGAGCGCAGCCAAUGCCCCAGGGCUACGGAGCUCAGCACAUGCCAACAUCACCCUACCAUGGGCAACCGUUCAUGGCUGCACCACCACCAACAUAUCAGGAAGCCAUCGGCCCUGGCUUCCAUCCCAACCCGAUGCCUUACAGCCAGGCUGCGUUCACCCCAGGCCAGCCAGCGUACCCUCUGCAGCCUCCUGUCCAGCCUCAGCCCAACGCUCCACCCCCACCCACAGGCUACCUAGCCCAGCCAGCGUACAACCCCGAUUAUAUUGCUCCGCCCCCUUAGACUGGAUAAUGAACCAUACUGCCUCACUCUUGGCCACUUUAAAAGUGCUCCAACAUUUUCAAUCUUGGCAGAACUAGAAAUGUGUCUUGCUUCACGUGUUUGGGUGGUUAAAUAUUGGAAUGUCAUGACAUAUUUGUAGUUGCUGUGCAAGUUGCCAAGAGAAAAUGUUGAUACCUCUCAGCUCGUAUUGCAUUGACUUACAAUAUAGUAUAGUAUAUUACAAUAUAGUGUUGAGAUUAAUUUUUUAUUUUUUAUAUUUAAAAUAUUUUUUAGAGGCUCCACAUUAUCAUCUUGGUAAAUGACACAUAAAACUACUGAGUGUAUUUUAAAAGAGUAGACAUUUUCCAGCCUUCUGGACAUGCCUCAAAACCUCCCUCCCGUUUCCCAUUGUUACUAUGCCCUGGCCAAACCUGCCUGACCUCUUCAUUCACCAUCUACAGAGAUUGAAAUCAGACUCAGGGGUCUAACUUUGGAGGGGUUUUGGUAGUCACGGGCAUAAAUGCAUUGCUUUUCUGCCAGUAUUUAAAACGGAUAAAGUGCUUUAAACCUU